UAAAAGCGCGGCACUUGCCAUCAGGCCACAACAGUUACAAUUUGCCAGCCCACGCGCUUAGAACUCGAAACUGAAAGUGAAAUUUACAAAGUUUACGAAGAAAAUGUCGAAAGUUAAGAAUCUGCUUGCCAAAAUAUUCCAACGCUUCGGCAGAGGCCACAACAAUUGCCAUGGUGGGAGCAACGACAGCCAGCGGUACGACAGCCUGGAGGAGAUUGCCCAGAAUCAGGCCAACGAGCGUAUGCUAAUGGAGACACUGAUUCGCUGCGAGGAGGAGCAUUUGGUGAUUUGCCUGGAGACGGCAGCGGGCAGCUUCUAUUGGCAUUCACAGUAGCAGCAACAGAAGGAGACACCGCAGCA